AUGAGCAAAUUUGACCAAUUCAAUGUCUUUUCCACAAAUUACAAGACGGUAGAGGUCGGAAUCCCCGUUGAUAUCUUGAUACCUCGAGGAUUAUCUCCUGGCACCUAUCCCUCUAUCGUACGAUUUCAUGGCGGCGGCUAUACUCAUAACAUUGACAUUCUCAUGAAAGAUGUCAGCGAAAGCCAUUAUUUUCUCCCCGAUUAUCGGUUCAUCCCCGAAUCGACUGGGCUGGAUAUUCUCGAUGGCCUAGAUGACCUGUGGACAUGGUUACAUACUGAGAUGCCUAACUCUCUGGAGUGGGCCACCACCACCACGAUAAGCGCAAAUUCGGGUCAGUUGAUGACCGUUGGCGACAGUGCUGGAUGGCUCAGUGUGGAUUUUGCUAUGGGCCAUGCGGCAGAGACCAGGGCUUGUAUCGGAGAAUUCCCGUCAUUUGACCCACAAUCCCCCGGUUUCACCAAGCCCGAACCCCCCAACAGCAACCCGAAUGGUUCUCAGUAUCCAGAGUCUACCAUCGACAAUCACCUGGCGAAAUGUACAACUGGCAGCGUUGUAGCCUCUGAUCCCACCUUGUCGCGGUUUCCAAUCAUAGGUGCUAUGAUGGAACAUGGUCGAUUUCUUGACUAUUUUGGAAGAGCUACAAAAUUAUUACCUCUGGAAAGAUUGAAUGCAGGAGACAAGACCCUGCUUCUGUUCAUCAUUCACGGACUACAGGACUCAGUCGUCCCAGUGGAAGGGUCUGAAAAGUUCGUACAGAAGGUUUUGGAGCAGGAUCUCAAGACAAAAGUGCAGUUGUCUUUAUAUCCGGGAGACCACGGUCUGGAUAUACCAUUCAACCUUGAUCACCCAUGGCUGGCAGACGGAUUGAAACUCGUUAUCCCCUCGUGGUUGGGUUGA